AUGUGUGCUGCUGUACGAGCCGCUGCUGCGUCAAAUGCUCGCAUUUUAUCGUCUUUCAAGCCACCUCCAAACGUCGUUGUAGUCGGUGGGACAUCGGGCAUUGGUCGGGCAAUUGCUCUUUCAAUAGGUCAACAUUGUCCUUCUGCCUCGAUCACCAUUAUUGGACGGAAUCAAUCUGCCGCUGAUGCUAUACUAUCGCAAUUAGGUUCAAAUUCAAAGUUUAUCCGCGCCGAUGUGUCACUCAUGUCUGAAAUUCGAAAUGCUACGAAGAAAAUCAAUGUGGUCGAUAUGCUUAUAUUAACACAAGGCAUAUUAACAAUGGCUGGUCGUACUCCAACGACAGAAAAUAUUGACAAUAAAUUGGCUUUACAUUACUAUGGAAGAGUUUUAUUCGUACAAGAACUCCUUCCGCUACUUCGAUCAUCUCAGAAUGGUGGCAAAGUUCUCUUUGUAUUGGGUGGUGUCAACGAAAAUCCGUCAAAAAUCAAUUGGAAUGAUAUGUCACUCGAAAAUGCAUAUUCACUUUCUGCGGCUGCCAAUCAUACAGCAUCGUUUACCGAUCUCGCCAUAAAAUAUCUCGGUUCGCAACCGGAAAAUACAAAUGUAGCAUUUACACAUGCAAAUCCAGGUGGUGUUAAUACGCCAAUAGCCGAUAAUUUACCAUUCUGGGCGCGAUUACCACUGAAAGGCCUCAUGGCAGGUCUCCUGGCACUCGGCCUGCGUGUUACUCCAGAAGACUGUGCUGAAUAUAUGGUACAUGGAAUGCUCGGAGCAGACAAAGGCUACACCUAUAUUGGUACUAAAGGAGAAACCGUAACAAAGAAGAAACCUGUACAAGUAGAAAUGGUCCAGAAGGUUUGGGAACACACUGCUCAAAUUAUUUCUCCCAAUCACUAA